AUGCCUGCUCCCGCCCACAUCCAGAGAGCCACUAUCGACAAGUUCCUCGCAGCAUGGAAGGAUAGCGACGCCCAAGGGACUAUUGGCCUCUGGUCCGAUGAGUUUGAGCAGCAACUGUUGCCUCACUCGCUACAACAGCCAACUCGAUCCCGAAGCCACGCCGAAUUCUUCUAUCCUAAGCUAGUGAAUGGGUUGACAAACUGGAAGCUGGAUAUUAAGCAUAUCGUCCACGACGCGGUCAACGGUACGGCCGCAGUGUAUGCAACCUCGUCCGCAGACACGCCGAUUCCCGAGGAGAAAUGGACCAACGAAUAUGCCAUCUUUGUGUGGUUGACCGAGGAGGGACUGAAGGUGCAAAGAUUAGAGGAAAUGGUGGACUCUGCGUUCUAUAACCACUUCUUCCCCUUGUUCCAAAAGCACCUAGCGGAACAGGGAGGUUUCCAGUAG